GUGAACAUCAAAAUCCUCGAGGAGGACGGCGAGAAGAGCGCCGAGAAGGGCGAGAAGGGCGCCGAGAAGGGCAGCGCCUCGGGGCCCCGCACGAUCCGCAUCUUCGGCAACAGCGCGGAGAGCAUCGCUGCGGCUCGGGCAGAGGUGGAAUACGUCGAGGAG